GAUAGCCGAGAAUUCCGAGUGUCCCUGAAUGCAGCGCGGUGCUCUCGCCAUCCAGCGCGUCGCAGUGACGUCUCACUCGGAUGCCGUUACAUCCCCAAAUAUCAUCACACCACACAAUCUUUUUUUCCGCCUCUGUCAUUCUCUCGUGUGUGUUGGUUUUUUUUGUAGUGAAAGCUGGGGGUCUGCGGCGGGAACAUGCAGCGGAACGCCGUGGUCGUGGUGGCGGACAAAACGAGCCUAAAGAGGCCGUUUAUAUUCGCCUGUGCUGUUAAUGUGGCUUUGUGCUUCUUCAUGUUAACCAUGACAGCGGCCGGCCAUCGGGACCUCCUGCAAGCAGGCCAGCUGGUGUCCAACGUGUCGGUGGUGAUUUUGUACGUCCUGGAGAUCGCCUGUCUGCUGCUGUCGCUGCUCGGCGUGUUUGGCGCCUGGAGGGGGAAGAGAUGGUGUUUAAUUCUGUUUGCAGCCGGGAUGGCAGCAGCCAGCCAAACCAUCAUCGUGAAAACAGCACUGAGUUAUCAGGACAUUUAUGAGACAGGUGUGGUACGAGAGGAGGCAAAGUUGCUGUCCAUGAUGCCUCUGAGCUCUGCCAGCAAAACUAACAGGACCUUACUUCACAGUAUUCAAGCACAUUUUAAGUGCUGUGGACUCAUAGAAGGCUACAAAGACUGGGGCAGCUCCAUUCCUGCUUCCUGUCAUUGUCAGUCACCGGGUCGAUGCAUACGACUGCGAGGCAGCGCCACCCUGGGGGCUCCAAAGAACCAAUAUGUUUAUCAGGAGGCAUGCCUACAUAUAUACGUCUCCGCACUCAAGCGAGGAUUUUCCUUGGCGAUGGGCAUCAAAUUUGGAAGCGGCAUAUUUUGGGCUGUUUUACUGGUGAUGAGCCUGAAGCUGAUGGUGCAGAUGAAACGCAAGCAGGAGUUCAUGGCCUUGCUCCAGUCCAAUAGAUACGUCCCCGGUGCCUUCUAGUGGUCACCUCAACACAUCGCUUCUUUGAAUUUGCACAUAAACAAAACACAAUAUGCUGUAAGAAUAACCAUAAUAACCUAGCUAGCUGCUAGUUAGCCUCAUGCUAUUUGAAUAUGUACUUUCCAAGACAUGCAUGUAACCCGAAAUGAGCGGCUUAAUGCACAUUCACGCACACACCUACAUGAACCAGAAGCGGAUUUCCAGCAUUAGAGUGAACUUAUAUAAUGUAACCGACUUCUUAUGUAUCGAUGUAACGCUUAUUUAUACCUACAACAACACAGGUGUCAAAGGCCACUGACUACGAAUGUUCCCGUAAAAGCACAUGUACUCGCUUUCUAUACUUCGGUCUUAACAUUUGAAAUCAUGUCUGCACUUAAUCAAUAUUGUAUAUUGUUCAUGCCGUUUGUUUUUGUCAUACACAUUUUUUUAAAGUAUGUCAACAUAUAUAAUGUACUAAAUAAUGUAAUUUAAAAAUGAUUGUAAAUAGCUAAAAUAAAC